UGUGAAAUCAUCCAGCAAAAUAAAUAGACUGGAUCUGCAGUCAGCAGUGUAUCUGAAAGCUGAACUAUACAGCAUCUGCCCGAAUUUUGCAACUACUUAGUGACAUUCAUUUUCCCCUGAUUAAUACAAAUCUUUUCCAUAAGGCUUAAUUUUACCCUGGAGAAAGUCACGCAGCGUUGAUGAAACACUUUGGAUAAGGACCAUGAACAGCAAAGAGUGCUGGGCAAUGGAAGCAAACUGUUCAAACAUGACACCCUUGAGCUCAGAUUUUGCACAGAAGGAAAACACUGUAUGCAUUUUCGGAACUGGAGAUUAUGGCCGAUCGCUUGGAUUGAAAAUGCUUCAGAGUGGCUUUUCGGUAAUAUAUGGAAGCCGAAAUCCCAGUUCUGCGAGUUUGCUGCCUAAAGGAGUGGAAGUACUAAGCCACAGUGAAGCGGCAAGCAAAAGUCACAUCAUCUUUGUGGCAGUUCAGAGAGACCAUUAUAGUUUUGUCACUAAGCUUAGCAGAGUCUUGGAAGGGAAAAUUUUAGUGGAUGUCAGCAACAAUCUGAAAAUAAACCAGUACCCAGAAUCCAAUGCAGAAUACCUUGCUCAGCUCGUGCCGGGUGCUAAGGUAGUAAAAGCAUUUAACACAGUGUCUGCCUGGGCCCUGCAGUCAGGUACAUUGGACGCCAGCAGGCAGGUUUUCGUAUGCUCUAAUGACAGCAAGGCCAAGCAUGCCGUUAUGGACAUUGUGCGUACCCUUGGCCUUACUCCUCAUGAUCAAGGAUCCCUUUUGGCCUCUAAAGAGGUAGAAAAUUAUCCUCUGCAGCUCUUCCCAAUGUGGAGGCUUCCCCUGUGUAUUUGCGCAGGGCUCACUGUGCUGAUAUUUCUUUAUUGCCUUAUAACUGAUGUGAUCUACACCGCUGCCACUGAAGAAAAAGAUGUAUCAUUUCGUAUUGCAAUUUCCAUCCCCAACAAGGUCUUCCCAAUAGUCUCACUGAUACUGCUGGCUUUGGUUUAUAUUCCUGGAGUGUUUGCGGCAAUUAUUCAGUUACACAGAGGAACCAAAUAUAAGCGUUUCCCUGAUUGGCUCGAUCGAUGGAUGCUGUGCCGGAAGCAGCUCGGACUGGUAGCACUGUCAUAUGCCUUUCUGCACGCAAUUUAUACACUCGUUAUUCCAAUUCGCUAUUAUGUGAGACACAGGAUAAACAGCUACAUCAUUACCCAGAUACGAAAAAACGAGACCAGCCCAUUGGAUAACACCAUGGCUUGGCGCACAGAUGCUUACAUAGCACUGGGAAUUCUGGGAUUCUUUUUCUAUGUCCUCUUGGGCAUAACAUCCUUACCAUCUGUGAGCAAUGCAGUCAACUGGAGAGAAUUUCGAUUUGUUCAGUCCAAACUUGGAUACCUCACCUUGGUGCUGUGCACAGGGCAUGCACUGAUGUUCGGCUGGGACAAGUUUCUCAGUUUCUCCAGGUUCAGAUGGUAUCUUCCUCCUGCGUACACACUUGGUCUUGUGAUUCCUUGCACAGUGCUGGUCUUAAAGCUCAUCCUCAUCACUCCAUGCCUGGAUAGAAGAAUCACAAAGAUCCGACAAGGCUGGGAAAAGUCUCCUACUGGAAAGCCAUCUGAAAAUGGUGACGUUCCUUUACAGUGCAAACUUUAGCAUCUCAGUGAGCGAAUAAGUGAGCGUUUGGUAUGCCCAGCUAGCACAUUAAGUUACCAUAGACUCCAUAGGUGCUGUAUAACAAUGUGCUCAGCAGAUACAUAUUGUAGCCAAAUCUGGAAUGCAGCACGUGUACAGUGUAUGAACCUGUAUGUCUAUUCCUCACUUAGAAAUUCAGUACACUUACUAAGCAGUUCUGUGACCCAGAAAAUAAAGAUUAUUUCCAGCCACAGAGGUGGUUUUCAGGCUCAGUUAGACAUCUGAACGGAGAUGGCAGCAUUACAGAUACAGUCAGCCAACUUGUUCCUACACUAAAAAUGUUUAUGCCCUAUAAAAAAUUAUAAUUGUGUCUUAUUUCUUUAUUGUAUCUUUAGCGUUCCAGUUUAAUGAUUUUGGAUAAAUCACUUUCUAUUAAAGAUAUUUUCAAAACAAUAUAAGCUUUGCCUGGGUUUGGUUGUUGAGCAAAACUAAGGGACUUGAUGUAUCAACCUUCGAAUUUUAAUUUUUUGCUGCAACUUUUUUUUUUUUUGCACAGAACUCCCCAAAUUCAAAUUAUGGUUUACAAAAGUCAAAUCUUUCAUAUUUAUUAAGCACAAAAUAUGUAAUAAAACUUGUGAGCUCAUGUAAAAAUCAAUAGGAGUUUUGCCAGGUAAAAUUUACAAUUUGAAUUUUUCAAUUUUUUGUGAGAGUUUGCAAACCCAAUGAAAAUGACAAUAAGAAUAUGAAUUGGAUGCAUUCAAGUUUUUUUCAUGUUUUGUUUCUAUUCAAAUCUUUUAAUAAAUAAAUCUUUUAUAAAACG